AGUUACUCGCCUCAUCCACGUCACUACCAAUCUUAGAUAGUUGUCGUGCGUUUAAACUGAAUAAUUAGUGUUAAUUCGCAUUAUAUUUCCAUUAUUUUUACACAAAUAGGAAUAUUUAGUUCAUAGUCAACAAUAACAACAAAAAUUAUCAAAAAAUGUUCAUCUGGGAUUGGUUCACCGGAAUUUUGGGGUAUUUGGGUUUGUGGAAGAAAUCGGGCAAAUUGCUGUUCUUAGGUCUAGAUAAUGCAGGUAAAACUACAUUGUUACACAUGUUAAAAGAUGAUCGGCUGGCACAACAUGUCCCGACACUGCAUCCAACAUCCGAGGAAUUGUCAAUUGGCAACAUGAGAUUUACGACUUUUGAUCUUGGAGGCCAUACGCAAGCUCGUCGAGUAUGGAAAGAUUACUUCCCCGCUGUCGAUGCAAUUGUCUUCUUGAUCGAUGCCUAUGACCGCGGUCGAUUCCAAGAGAGUAAAAACGAGCUGGACUCACUGCUGACAGACGAAGCGUUGUCAAACUGCCCCGUGCUAAUAUUAGGCAACAAAAUCGACAAACCCGGCGCCGCAAGCGAAGAUGAACUGAGAAAUUUCUUCGGUUUGUACCAAUUGACAACAGGAAAAGCAAAAGCAGCCCGUUCUGAGUUACCGGGACGUCCUUUGGAGUUGUUCAUGUGCACCGUAUUGAAAAGACAAGGCUAUGGCGAAGGUUUCCGUUGGUUAGCGCAAUACAUCGACUAAAUCAAAAAAACACACGAAAACAAGCAAAUGAAGGAACACGAGAGCAAAUCACAACAAAACCUAUGAAAAAUGAUGAAAAAAAAACAAUAAAGGAUACCAUUAAUUACCAUCAAA